AUGGAGGCGCUGAUCAAUGAGUUUGAGGACAUGUGUAGAAAUGCAGCCGCUGUUCAGGAGGAGGUCUUGGGGACCAUUGUUGAGCACAAUGCUUCUUGCGAGUUCCUCCAGAGCUACAAUGUGACCGACGUAGAUUCAUUCAAAGCUCAUGUCCCCGUUGUGGGCUAUGAAGACAUUGCUGCGAAGAUCCAGCGCAUGGCAGAUGGAGAUCCAUCCUCCAUUCUGUGCAAAGACCCCGUCCUUGCGUUCAUCUCGAGCUCCGGAACAACCACUGAGAAGCGCAAGGCUUUUCCGCUUACAACAAAGUCCUGUGAUGUGAAAAAACAUGCACUGCACAAGAUUGGAGCGGCUUAUUUAGAGAGGGAUUUUCCAGUUGGUUCCUUUCCAACAGCCUUGGCUUUCAUGUAUGCUCACCCUUGCGAGACACUCUCCAAAUCAGGGAUCCCGAUCAUGCCCGUUUCUAACUUCACUUUCACAAGCCAGGCUUACAAAGAGAGGCCGAGCAGGAGCACGAGUCCAGACGAGGUUAUCUGGGGUCCUUGGUGGGAGUCAACGUACUGUCACUUGCUCUGUGGGCUCAUUCAACGCAUGGAAGUGGAUUAUAUUACCUCUUUCUUUGCUUACACCCUUGUCCAGGCGCUCAACAUGCUGGAGGCUGAAUGGAGAAGCCUCUGUCAUGACAUAAGAACUGGAAAACUGGAUGAGAGAGUCAAAGACGUCAAACUGAGGGCAGCUGUUGCAGGGGUGCUGCAUGAAGAUCCAGAUUCAGCUGGCUUCAUAGAGGAGCCGUACGUUCCUCCUCUACGGAGGUAUGCAGGAGGUGUGCAUAUUAUAGGAAGGGCGUACAUGGGUUCCGAAGGAGUAUACGGAAUAAACAUGGAUCCCGCUACUGAACCCGAGAACGUUGUCUUCACACUUGUCCCUACGACAUUAUACAUGGAGUUUCUUCGGCUCAGGGACAACAAGCUGGUGGACUCGAGUAACUUAGAAAUCGGUGAGCAGUACGAGCUAGUUAUUACCACAUAUUCAGGUUUGUAUCGGUACAAAGUGGGGGAUGUGGUCAAAGUCGUUUCUUUCUUUCACCAGAGCCCACAAAUGGCCUUUGAAUAUCGUACCAGUGCGCUGCUAAGCGUAAACCUGGACGUAGCCAGUGAACAAGAGCUCCAGAACGUGGUAAGAAGAACAUGCAACGAAGCAAACCUGGAAAUCGUGGAUUUCACAAGUCACUCAAACGUGACGGAGCCGCCUGGCUACUAUGUCAUCUACUGGGAGCUGAAAAACAAGCCAGAUUACUCCAAUCAUGCGCUUCUAAACAGGUGUUGUGAUGUUCUGGAUCGCUCCUUCACUUCUUCCACAUACAUCAUGGGGAGAAGGAGUGGCACAAUCGGACCCCUCAAGCUUGUGAUCCUGGAAAGAGGCAGCUUUGGCAGGAUUAUGGAGUAUGCAGUGAGCAAUGGCUCUGCACCUGGACAGUACAAAACUCCAAGGUGCAUCAAGAGCCCAAAAGUGCUGAAGAUUUUGGAAGAGGGGAUUCUAAGAAAAUGA